CAAAGGAAGAGAAACCCAAAAUGAAGUUCCAGGUUGCAGCUGCUUUCCUCGGCCUCUGCCUGCUGUCUCUGCGCAGCACCCAAGCUGCACCUGCGAAUGGAGGCAGCUUUGAUGGCAACAAUGUAGGAUCUGGCAGCUUCAACAACAAUGGAAACGAUUAUGAGGGAUUAGGAGGAAAUGCACACAGCUUUGAUGGCAACAACGCAGGAUCUGGCAGCUUCAACAACAAUGGAAACGAGUUUUGGGUGUAUGGAGGAAAUGGAGGCAGCUUUGAUGGCAACAACGCAGGAUCUGGCAGCUUCAACAACAACGGAAACCAGUUUGGGGGGAACGGAGGAAAUGCAGGCAGCUUUGAUGGCAACAGCGUAGGAUCUGACAGCUUCAACAACAAUGGAAACCAGUUUUGGGCAUAUGGAGGAAACAGUGGAAGUUUUGAUAACAACAAUGCUGGUGACAACAGCUUCAACAACAAUGGAAAUAAUAAUGAUGACCCCAUUGUUUGGUAUUAGACACUCAGGAAACCACUGCAACACAGUGCCUUCUGCCCCUUUUUGUUUCGUAAAUGAAUCUCUCUUGUGGGAUCUUUCCUUGCUGCUGAACAACCAAAACCUUUUAUUGCAAAUA